AUGCGUUCAUCCUUGUUAUUCGUUGCUUCAUUGUUCUUGUUGUGCGUGGCUGUGGCACAGGCUCAAUAUAACUUUAAAGAAGUUUGUAACUUGUCGGGAGAUUCGUGGUUACCAACAUUCCCUACCUUGUGUGCUCCUAAUAACUUUACCUUGUUGAUUCCAUCAUCAUCACGAGUUCAAGUUGUUGGCGGACCAUAUCCAUCACAGUGUGGUAUUCAAUACUACAGUGUCUACACCUUUGAUAUGCAGGCAGGUUUUGUUGAUGCUCGUAACCUGUGCAACAUUAAGUCUGUAUUCAGAGGCGGUGAUCGUGUCACUCCAUGCAAACUCCCUCCAGGAAUUAAUGGUUUAAGCAUGUACCCAACCCCAAUUUUGAGCGGUAAGGCAGUGGCUUCUUUCCCUCUUGGAACCAGUGCUCUUGUUGUGAGCGAUCCAGUCUACACUGCUCAAAGAGUAUAUGUUUCUAAGGUUCUCUAUGGAAGUAUGAUUGGUUAUGUUCAAACUGAUUAUGUGUGUUUGCAAUAA